AUCCCCCAUCCUGCUGUUUCCUUUUAGUCACACAAUUCUCUCUCUCUAAAAAUACUAAUACCAGUACUGGAACGCUUCCCCUUCCUUCCCCUUCUCUAUUUAAAAGCCCUAGCCAGAGAGGCGGAGAAGACCAAGUGUCAAUCGCCCAUCCACCUCUACAUAUCAGUAAGAAUUUCGGAGUGCCUUAUCCUGUCAGGCCAUACUCAAAUUUGUGAUGAGCACCCAGGGACAUAGGACAUAUUCAAGGUCUCAACGAAGGCGGAAAACAGGAUUAAAUGUUGAUCUAAAUGCAGUGCCACCAAGUGAUAACCGUGACCAAGUGGGACCUUCAGCUCAUUCUCAGUCUCAAGACUAUGAAACUAGCUGGGGAGCUGGUCCUAUCCCACCUUGCCCAAUUGAUCUUGAGGCAAUUGAUGAUGAUGUGAUGAUAUCCUCGCCUAGGGCGUUUGCAGAGGCUAAAAACAAUUCUAGGAGGAAUCAUGGGCGGGUGAUCGUCGUUGAUGUAGACUCUGACGAACGAUCAUCUAGAGGGACUCAAAAUGGUCGAAACAAGCACAGAAGAGUCUCUGCAAACCAAACAUUUAUAAACUGCGACCUUUACAUUAACCUGGAAGGUGCAAGCAACUCUGGGAGAGAUAAUGUGAAUUCUGUGGUGUCGCAGCCACUGCCACCACCGCCCCCACCAAAGGAGCCUACCUUCAAUUGUCCAGUUUGCAUGGGUCCAUUGGUUGAGGAAAUGUCAACCAAGUGUGGUCACAUUUUCUGUAAGGCAUGCAUCAAGUCUGCCAUAGCUGCUCAGAAUAAAUGCCCUACAUGUAGGCGGAAAGUCACAACGAAAGACAUUAUCAGGGUCUAUCUUCCUGCUGCAAGUUAAUGCUCAAGGGCUUGGUUCAAAGCCUGUUCGGUUUGACCGUGAGAGACCUGGAUAAAGAGCACGGGUGAUAUGAGGCAUUAAAUACCUUAAAGGUGGGUUUUUGGAAGACGGGACAAAAUUGAAGGAUUUGCAAGGUUGGCUAAGGCUUAGGCUGUUUAUUGUUCUGGGUGUUCCUCCUUGCAUUAUGUGACACCCGGCAAGAUAUUUGUUUUGGAUAUGAUAUAUGUAAUUUUAGUGAAGUUCUGAUUGAUUUUUCAAUUGCUGAUGAAGACUUCGUUCUUAUUCCUUCAAUAUUGCAAAUGCUAAUAUACUCUCGCAUCUCCCUUA